AGACCCUCCAGUCGCCGGUCUUGGCAUUCUUUUCCGACAUCAAACCAAUCACUAUCAAUCAAUAUUCUUUUCAUUCCUCCUCUUCGAAGCCACGCUGGGUCCCCAUCCCUCUUCUCCUCUCCCUAAACCUACUCUAUAACGAGAGUCACAUUCAAUAAAGCCUUCCGCCGAUAUUCCUCCCAUAUCCGCAGUACAUGUCCUUUUACGUCGCUCCCAGCCAGCAGCGCACGCUUCGCGCCUGCAUGGUCUGCUCCCUCGUCCAACUGCACAGCAAAUUCAUGCGCGAAGGCUGCCCCAACUGCGACAACGUUCUCGGCCUCCGUGGCAACAACGACGCCAUCCAAGAAUGUACCUCCCAAGUUUUUGAAGGAUUGGUCACUCUUCGGGACCCGAACACAAGCUGGGUGGCUCGCUGGCAGCGGCUUGAUAGUUACGUGCCGGGAACAUAUGCGGUCAAGGUGACCGGGUCGCUCCCCGACGAGAUUAUCGCGAGCUUGGAAGAUUCGGGCGUGAAGUAUAUUCCUCGCGACGGCAGUAAUCCUGAAGAGGAUAAUUAAUGGAUGUGUUCUGGGGUCCGAGGCGUGUUACUAUGACCAUUUUUUUUACAUGCCUCUGUGGGUGAAACGAGUGGGUUGAGGAC